AUGAAAACUCGAAGAACUUAAAAGAAAAAAUAAAAGAAGUAUACCAUACUAACAGAAGAUGUUAAAUAAGAGAUUAUAGAUUAUUAUUCUAAACAUCCUAUUUAGAAUUCCUUAUUGCAUUUGAAAGAUAAAUACUAAACAUCUAUCAAAAAUAUUAGGAGAUGGAUUAGAUCUGGUUAUAAGAGAAAAAAAGGAUGUGGAAGAAAAAAACUUAAUGAAAAAGCAGAAGAAUAAUUAGAAUUAUGGGUUAAAAAAUAAUGUAUCAAAUAAAAGAAAAGAGUUUCAAGAUAAUAAAUAAAAAUCCAAGCAAUCAAAUUCUUUAAAGAUUCUAAUUUUAAAGCAUCUAAAGCUUGGUAAGAUGAAUUUGUAAGAAGUAAGAAUAUAAAAAUUAAAUAAUUACUUUUAUUAUAAGAAAAAGGAUGCUUAAAUUACUCAUAAAUUAAAACAUUUCAAUAAUUAAUUUCCAAAAGUGGAAAAGAUAUUCAAUCAUUUAGAAAUGAAAUCCUAUAAAACUAUGAUUUCUUAAGCUAACCUUCCUUUGAAGACAGUUAACAAUGUACCAAUUCAAUCAAUAAGUAAUAUUGGAAUUAUGAAAUCUUUUAAUAAGAUUCAAUGAUGCAUUUUUAAGAAUUAUUUCUCUGA